AUGAUUUACUAUUUUAAAGAAAUCGAAUAUUCAUUGACCAAUAUGUAUAUAACAUCAUCAUCAUCAUCAUCAUCAUCAUCAUCAUCAUCAUCAUCAUCAUCAUCAUCAUCAUCAUCAUCAUCAUCAUCAUCAUCAUCAUCAUCAUCAUCAUCAUCAUCAUCAUCAUCAUCAUCAUCAUCAUCAUCAUCAUCAUCAUCAUCAUCAUCAUCAUCAUCAUCAUCAUCAUCAUCAUCAUCAUCAUCAUCAUCAUCAUCAUCAUCAUCAUCAUCAUCAUCAUCAUCAUCAUCAUCAUCAUCAUCAUCAUCAUCAUCAUCAUCAUCAUCAUCAUCAUCAUCAUCAUCAUCAUCAUCAUCAUCUCAUCAUCAUCAUCAUCAUCAUCAUCAUCAUCAUCAUCAUCAUCAUCAUCAUCAUCAUCAUCAUCAUCAUCAUCAUCAUCAUCAUCAUCAUCAUCAUCAUCAUCAUCAUCAUCAUCAUCAUCAUCAUCAUCAUCAUCAUCAUCAUCAUCAUCAUCAUCAUCAUCAUCAUCAUCAUCAUCAUCAUCAUCAUCAUCAUCAUCAUCAUCAUCAUCAUCAUCAUCAUCAUCAUCAUCAUCAUCAUCAUCAUCAUCAUCAUCAUCAUCAUCAUCAUCAUCAUCAUCAUCAUCAUCAUCAUCAUCAUCAUCAUCAUCAUCAUCAUCAUCAUCAUCAUCAUCAUCAUCAUCAUCAUCAUCAUCAUCAUCAUCAUCAUCAUCAUCAUCAUCAUCAUCAUCAUCAUCAUCAUCAUCAUCAUCAUCAUCAUCAUCAUCAUCAUCAUCAUCAUCAUCAUCAUCAUCAUCAUCAUCAUCAUCAUCAUCAUCAUCAUCAUCAUCAUCAUCAUCAUCAUCAUCAUCAUCAUCAUCAUCAUCAUCAUCAUCAUCAUCAUCAUCAUCAUCAUCAUCAUCAUCAUCAUCAUCAUCAUCAUCAUCAUCAUCAUCAUCAUCAUCAUCAUCAUCAUCAUCAUCAUCAUCAUCAUCAUCAUCAUCAUCAUCAUCAUCAUCAUCAUCAUCAUCAUCAUCAUCAUCAUCAUCAUCAUCAUCAUCAUCAUCAUCAUCAUAAAUAA